AUGGAACAACCGAGUGACAAGGCCUCUCAAGAACAAGUUCGUGAAUCUCUAAUCGCCAUUUCUUACACUUCGCCCGAAGAACCGUCUCUUCCUCUGUCCUCUGACGUGAAACCUGUUGUUAUUAGUACCAUCAACACUAACGGAGGAGUCACCAAAGGAAACAGCGAUGAUGCGGAGAAGCUCAGGUCCGAGCUGAUUUCGAUUUCGUAUGACGAGUCAGCUUCGCCGGACGUAGCUGUUUCCCCAACAUUGCCCAACGGUGUCUAUCGCGGAUAG